AUGGAGAGGCAAGAAUGUAUCAGGCAAUUGGAGUCAUGUACCACACUUUCUCGUGCAUCCCAGCUGAGAUCGCUAGUGGAGCGCACCAGCCAUUCGAGAGAUACGUUCGUGUGGAACAAACUCAUCGAAGUUUUCGGGAGGUGCGGCGGCAUCUCCCAGGCUCGAGAGGUCUUUGAUUCUCUGAGGCAAUGGAAGAAUUGCUACUCGUGGGUUUUCAUGAUCUCUGCUUACUCCAGGAACGGACUUGUGGAGGAGGCCAGGCGGACUUUCGAUGAGAUGCCGGAGAAGAAUCUGGUCUCCUGGAACACCAUCGCUGUGACUUAUGCCCAAAACGGGCAUCUUGCGGAUGCGAAGCGGAUCUUUGAUUCCAUGCCGGCUAGGAAUAUGGUAUCUUUUUCUUCGAUGCUGACCGCGUUUGCUCAAAACGGGCAGCUGGAAGCCGCCCGGAGUAUCUUUGACAGGAUGCCCACAAAGAAUCUGAUCUCCCAGACGGCGAUGUUAUCGGCGUAUGCCCAAAACGGGUAUCUCGAGCAUGCAAAGCAAGUAUUUGACUCAAUGCCGCAGCACAAUCUUGUCUCUUGGAACUCAAUCCUUACCGCAUUUGCACAGAACGGAAAUCUAAUCGAUGCUCAAGAUACAUUCAAUCAUAUGCCCGAGCAAGACUUGAUUUCCUGGAAUGCAAUGCUAACAGCAAUCGCCCAAAAGGGAAAAAUGGAGGAUGCCAAGAGAUUCUUUGACGAGAUGGCUUGCCGCAACCUUGUAUCUUGGAACUCCUUGAUCUCGUCCUUCUCCCAAAACGGACACGUGGCAGAGGCCAAGAGGCUGUACGAGAAUAUGCCAGAGAGGGACCAAGUCUGUGCCACCGCAAUGCUCACGGCAUAUUCCCAGCUUGGGAAUCUCCGGGAUGCUGAGGCAGUGUUUAGCGAGAUGCAGUUCCAAAACUCCAUCUCCGCCACCGCAAUGCUGAAUGCGUAUGCCCAAAACGGGUAUAUCCAGGAGGCCAGAAAUGUAUUCGACCAGAUCCCCCAAAAGAACGUCAUUACCUGGAACUCUAUGCUCACAGCCUAUACAGAAAAUGAGAAUCUUACAGAGGCAGAAUGCUUGUUUGAAAAAAUGCCGGAGUUGGAUCUUGUUUCAUGGACUACCAUGCUAUCGGCAUAUGCGCAAGAAGGGCAUAUCCAGAAAGCUAAGCGUAUAUUCGAUAAAAUGCCCGAGAAGGACAGGGUUGCAUGGACAGCAAUGCUGAGGACAUAUGCCCUGUGUGGGAAUCUGGAGUAUGCUAGGUGGAUUUUAGAGAAUAUGCCUGAGUGGGACACGGUAGCCUUGACUACCAUGCUAGCUGCAUAUGCCCAAAGUGAUCACUUAGAACAAGCAGAAUGUUUGUACACAAGGGUUGACGAAAAGAAUCCGGUGCUCCAAACUGCAAUGCUAAGUGCGUACAAUAUCAAUGGAAACUUGAUCGAGGCAAAGAGUGUGUUUGAUCAAAUGGGUCAGAGGAGUAUGGUCUCGUGGAACUCGAUGCUCUCGGCAUAUGCCCAGCACGGGAAUGUCGAAACUGCGAAACGAAUCUUUGAUGAGGUACACGAGAGGAGUGCCGUGACAUGGAUUGCUAUGAUGUCGGCAUAUGCGCAGAAUGGGCAUUUCCGAGAAGCCCUGUUCUUGUUCCGCGAGAUGAAUAGCUUCCAGAUCUUCCUCGACGAUGUUUGCUUCAUCUGUGCGUUGCACGCUUGCAAUCACGUCGGCAAGACGAACGCCGCCAAGUCGUGCUUCGUUUCGAUGAGCUUCGACUUUGGUGUCUCUCCGACGAAGCGCCACUACUGCUGCUUCGCGGAUCUCAUCGCCCGCGCGGGCCACCUCCGCGACGCCGAAGAUCUCGUGCUAAACAUGCCAUUCGUGCCGGAUAAGUCCGACUGGAGAUCUCUCCUGGGCGCUUCCAAGUCUCACAGUAGCGCCAAGCUUGGGGCUCGAGCGGCGCAUCGAGUGCUUGAUAUGGAUCCCUGCGACGCGCCCUCUUACGUCCUCCUUUCGACCAUAAGCUAG